AUGGUUAGGGCUUUACGCGGUUCCGACUUGUUGACUCUCCCAAGGAUAAAAUCCAAUUUUGCGUCAGGAUACACGGGGUGCGAGACAUGUGGCUUGCCUAACGGUAUCUCGCCAGACGAAAAGAAAUUCGAUACAUUCAACUUGAACAUACUGGGAAACCGUCUUUUUCCCUCACCAGCUGACGAGGAAAUCAUAUACGAAAAUGUCCGAAAGGCCAAGGCCGACAUUUCCGUCAUAGAUAAAGGCAUGGCCCAGUUAGCAGAGAUCUUCUCUCGGCUACGAGAAAGACGCGACGACCUUCAGGGGUACGUCGACAAACAGCUGUCUCUCUUAUCCCCCAUCCAUCAUCUUCCUGACGACGUCCUCAUAGAGAUAUUUGGUCAUUGCUGCCCCACUGAUUCCGACUCUUAUGCUUCCAACGACCCGCAGGGUGUUCAGUGGCGAAUCGCUAAGGUUUGUAAACGAUGGAGCGAUAUCGUCACAUCGAUCCGCAGCAUCUGGUCCUCCAUCAAUGUUGACCUCACAUUGUACGCCAAUCUGAAGCGCUGGUCUUACGCCAAUACUUUGAAGACCAUGGCACGAACCUGUCUCGUUCGUUCGGGCAGACAUCCCCUCCGACUUCAUUUUGCGGCUUGGGAAGUCAAUUUCUUUGAUCGCUCGUUCUUCAACACCUUCUGGCGACAGAAGGAUAGGUGGCAAGUCAUCUUCGUCCCCGAUGAGCUGAUCUAUUAUUGGGAUUCGAACGAGUUCAUAGACAGCCUCCCGUCUUGGGAGCCAGCCUCCUUCCCCAUCCUCAGAAAAAUGUCGAUCCAAUCAUCCUCUUCCCAUUCUUACCGCCCUGAGGACUUGCCCAUUUUUCGGAUGGCACCGCAGUUGUCCCAUCUGUCUCUCAACGCCUUCCCCCGCCCCAUGCAAAUUUUGACGAUAACCUGGUCUCAAAUAACCCAUUUCAUCUCCAAGAAUUGUGAAUACCAUUCCAUUGACGACUACUUCGAACUGUUGCAAGCUAUGCCUCAUCUUAUCAGUCUGACGAUCGAAAAUCAUGUUGUUUUCUCCGUAAACGAGAGACAACCCCCCAAGAGACGCGUUUUACGGAAUCACAUGCUUCGACUCGACAUACAAGCAUCGUGGACUCCGAUGUACGAAUUACUUCAAUGCCUUGAGGCUCCGCAUCUCACAGAGGUGCAAUUGACAUACAGAGACAGUUUACCUGGUGCGCAUGCUGUCAUCAAGCUGAUCUAUAUGAUCUGCGAGUUUUGUCAGUUAUCUCCUUCCCUUGCCGCAUUGGCUCUUUCCGGCUUUUCGCCCGCUACAGUCAACAGGAUUCUUGAAUACACUCCAGGCAUUGAGGUCCUGGAUUUGACUCUGCAAGGAACCAGCGUCAAUGAAGUCCUGUCAAAAAUGACGUGGAAAAUUGGGGAGGCAUCCGUCCUCCCGAAACUUCAAACAAUGUUCGUCGGAAAUUCCUUGGACAGAGACGCUGUCCUCGAUUUGAUGCAGAUGGUCGGGUCGCGAUUCCUGGAUAACGCUGAGAAGCCAGGACACACAGAAAUGCCCCUGCAAACGCUUGUGCUCAAUAAUGUAACAAGUACCUGGCUGGAAUUGGAUGCACUCAAGAGAUUCGUAAACAAUUUGGGAGGGGUUGUGAUGGAAAUUGGGACCUGGACUCCUCUGCAUUAUGGAUAUAGCGGGUUCAGGCAUGGCGUUCCGGUCUGGGUUGGGAGGUUGAAUGACCAUUCUCUAACCCAAUUCAGAUAA